UACAAGUAAACCCUUUAAUGAUUAACAUUAUUAUUCUAGUGUUUAGUACGUCCCAGGUGAACCUCUAGCAAAGACCUUCGCGCAUCUAAACUCAAACCCUCUGAAAUCAGAAUCCAUUUCUUGAACUUAAACUCCAACCUCUAAAGCGAUUCUGUUGUCCCAACCUUCAAACCGAAAACGCGCUUCAUUUCAGCAAACUCAAAUUCUUCUAAACGCGCGUCCUAAAAUCUAAAACCUCAAUCAUCAAAGCUAUGGAGGAAGUUGAAGAAGGACUAGAAACUGAACAACUCAGAACUAUUACCUUCCAACGCUUAAAAUCACACACCAUGAAUCUUCUCGAACUUUUGCAAAACCCUCACAAUCACAAUCAGAAGCAUUGUUCUCUUACUGUCAUCCCCGAACUCCUUCGUUUCCUUCAGAAUUGUUUGCCUUCUACUUUACAGCCAUUCUUCGACUAUACUCUGUUUCCAUUAGUUCUACUUCUUGACGCGGCAAUUCAGUGCAGAUCUACACAGAAGUUUGAUUCUCAGGAAAGGUAUACCGUGUCUGAUAUUCCAAAAACACCAUUUAAAGUGAGUGAUAGCGUUGCGGAAGGUAUAGUUCAUUGUUUGGAGGAACUUCUGAAGAAGUGUUGUUUGAGUUCUGUGAAUCAGAUGGUUGUGAUACUGAAGAAGUUAACAUACGGGGCUCUGCUGUCACCGUCUGAGGCUUCAGAGGAGUUUCGUGAAGGAAUUUUGCUGUGUUUCAGGGCACUGCUUUUGAAUUUAAAUUCCUGUUCUGACGCGUCAUGCUCAUGUAAAACAAUUCCUGGUUUACCUGCACUUUCGGAUGACAUUUAUGAUCAUAGACUUCAUAAGAAUUUCAAGAAUGUUUCAGAAUCAGAAGAAUGUUUACUUGCAUUUCUCCGAUCACAAACUGCGUCAGCUGCUGUAGGACACUGGAUAUCACUUCUUCUCAAAGCUGCAGAUACGGAGGCUGCAAGGGGACAACGAGGUUCUGCAAGAAUUAGAAUUGAAGCCUUCAAAACUCUGAGAGUGCUGGUUGCUAAGGUUGGUUCUGCAGAUGCAUUAGCUUUCUUUUUACCUGGCAUUGUUAGUAACUUAUCUAAAGUUUUGCAUGGUGCAAAAACAAUGAUAAGUGGGGCUGCCGGAAGCAUGGAGGCUGUUGGCCUAGCAAUUAGAGGUUUGGCAGAGUUCCUUAUGAUAGUUCUCCGGGAUGAUGCUAAUGCAUCAGUCCUGGACAUGGAAGUGUCUGCAAGCUUUGAUCCAAAAGAGUGUAAAUCUACUCUUUCUCUUUUGGAGGAGCUUCGUCACUUGCAAGUUAAAGAUUCUGUUAAAACAAAAGUCGUCGAAGAUAUUGUCGAGUCAGAAAAGAUACCUUGUUCCCAAACUCAAUUCCAAGAAAUGGGAAGCAUUGCUCCUGAUGGAGAAACCUUGUCUUUGCAUGUGACCCGAACAAAAGAUUGGAUCCAGAAGACAACAGCACAUGUUAAUAAGCUGCUGAGUGCAACUUUUCCACACAUCUGUAUUCACUCUUCACACAAGGUGAGAAAGGGACUUGUUGAUGCCAUAAAAGGACUCUUAUUGGAGUGCUUCUACACACUGGGGGACAGUAGACUGAUGCUUCUGGAAUGCUUAUGUGCUUUGGCUGUUGAUGAAUCUGAUGACGUGUCUUCAACUGCACAAGAUUUUCUUGAGUGUUUGUUCUCUCAGAGUUGGAAAUCUCGUAUAGAACAUGAUGCUGCUAAGAUAUUUAUCAGGCACCUGGAAAAGCUUCCCAAAGUGGUGCUUAGCAAUGACGAGCCACUUGCUGUGUUACAUGCUGAGCAAUUACUAACAAUAAUAUUUUAUUCUGGUCCUCGUCUAUUGGUGAACCAUCUUCAGUCACCUAUAGGAGUAGCUAAGUUCCUAGAUGUGUUUGCUGCUUGCCUAAGCCAUAAUUCAGUGUUCUCUGGUUCACUUGGGAAAAUCACUUUAGCAAGUCAAUCAUCAACAGUAGGAUACCUUCCCUCCGUUGCUGAGUUGAAAUCUGGAUCUAAUUUCUUCAGUCGUGGUCUGCCUCUUUUAAAUUCUGGCGUGUGUGAAAACUCUAAGUGUAGCCUUAUUGACAAAAAAUAUGUACAAGAACCUGACAAAACUGCACAAAAGAAAUAUGAACUUCCUCGUAUGCCCCCGUGGUUCGGUUAUGUUGGUAGUCUUAAACUAUACCAGCCUCUUGCAAGGAUUCUCCGACUUGUUGGUUUAUCUAUAUUAGCAGAUCACAGUGGUGAAGGGCUUUUGUCACAUUUGACGGAGACCCUUCUUGGUAACUUCCGUAAAUUGGUUACUGAACUCCGUUUAAAAGAAUACAACAAUGAAAGCUGGCAGUCAUGGUACGAAAGGACUGGUUCUGGACAAUUAUUGCGGCAAGCAAGCACAGCUGCAUGUAUGAUAAAUGAGAUGAUAUUUGGCCUAUCAGAUAAAGCAAUUAAUGAUUUUGCUAGAAUAUAUCAUAGGUCUCCUUUAAGCAAAGGAGUUCUGGUUCAGUCAUACAAACUUGAUUGUGCUGUUCAUGAAUCUUUCUGGAAGAUGCCAAAGGAUACAGCUGUGAAGAGUUAUUUAGUUGAUUGCAUUGGUGGGAUCUUACACGAGUAUUUAUCUGCUGAGGUGUGGAGUGUUCCUGUUGAUCGCAGAGUUGUUGACUUGCAGCUUAAUGUUUCAGAUGAAGAUAUUAGUCUAUACUUUUUCCAAGAUGCUGCAAUGCUACACGAGGUUAUCAUUGAUGGAGUAGGAAUCUUUAAUCUUUGCCUCGGAACAAAUUUCAUUUCAAGUGGAUUUCUUCAUUCCUCUCUUUAUUUUUUGUUGGAGAAUCUCAGUUCUUCAAGUUACCAAGUUAGAAAUGCUGCAGAUUCUGUCUUGCAUAUAGUUUCCACCACAUCUGGCUAUGAAAUGGUUGGACAGUUAGUUUUGGAAAAUGCAGACUAUGUGGUGGAUUCAAUAUGUCGACAAUUACGUCAUUUGGAUAUCAAUCAUCAUGUACCAAAUGUACUAGCAUCUAUUCUUUCAUACAUUGGAGUGGCUCACAAGAUAUUGCCCUUACUGGAGGAACCGAUGCGCUGUGUGUCAAUUGAACUCGAAAUACUGGGUAGACAUCAGCAUCCUGAUUUAACUAUACCGUUCUUAAAGGCAGUAGAAGAAAUAGUGAAGGCAUCGAAACGUGAAGCUUGUCAGUUGCCCCCUCAGGCAGAGUCAUUUUCCACAGAUGUCAGGUCUACAAUCUCCAAUGCAGAAGAAGCAACACAAGAUCAGUGGGAGGUAAUUUCAUUCAAGUUAAAUGAUUCUAGAAGAUAUAGACGAACAGUUGGUUCUAUUGCUGGUUCAUGUAUUACUGCUGCAAUCCCUCUUCUAGCAUCGUUCAAGCAAGAGAUAUGCUUAGCUUCUCUGGAUAUAAUUGAGAGCGGCCUGUUGGCAUUGGCAAAAGUAGAAGCAGCAUAUAAAAUUGAAAGAAAUAUUAAAGAAGCCAUAGAAGAGACGCUAGAAUCACUUUCACUGUAUCACCUGAAGGAUACUUUGGAGGCUACUGAAGAAGGGGCUGAUGAGAACAGGCUGCUUCCAGCAAUGAAUAAAAUAUGGCCAUUCCUUGUUACAUGUAUUCAGAACAGGAACCCAGUGGCUGUCCGGAGGUGUUUGAAUGUGAUCAGCAAUGUAGUGCAAAUAUGUGGUGGAGAUUUCUUCACACGCCGCUUCCAUACUGACGGAACACAUUUCUGGAAACUUCUGACAACAUCCCCAUUUCAUAAAAUGUCCAAUUUUAAAGAUGAGAAAACCCCUUUACAACUCCCUUAUAGAAGCAGUUCUGUUAAUUCAGAGGAUUCAUUGGCCGAGACUUCUUAUCUGAAAGUUCAGAUUGCUGUGCUUAACAUGGUUGCAGAUUUAUGCAAUAAUAAAAGGAGUGCCACAGCAUUAGAACUUGUUUUGAAGAAGUUAUGCGGCUUAGUUGUAGGGAUAGCUUGCAGCAAUGUUGUUGGACUUCGCGAUGCUUCUCUAAAUGCCCUUCAUGGACUUGCAUCUAUUGAUCCAGAUCUUGUUUGGCUUCUCUUAGCUGAUAUAUACUACUCUGUAAAGAAAGAUGCUUUGGCUCCUCCACCUAGACCAGGUUUACCAGAGAUAUCUGAAAUCAUUCCUCUUCCCUCAUCUCCCAAAGAAUACCUAUAUGUGCAGUAUGGGGGGCAAAGUUAUGGUUUUGACAUAGAUUUAGCCUCUGUUGAGUUUGUUUUCACCAAGAUUGAUUCUCAAUAUAAUGUAUAGCUGAGAUCCGUAUUUGCACAUAUAACCCCAUUUAUAUUUUCUUUAUCCUUUGACUAAUUUAAUUUGGAUGAGAAUUUAAACAGUA